AAAACAUAGAAAACGAAAAUUUGAUCAAUGAAGAACAUACUCUCAAGUAAAUGCGUUAAGGAACUGAAUCACUGUAGCAGCUGAAUUUUCUCUGCUCCUCACUUUCCUGGAAAUUUACAGAUUUUCUCUUCCUCUCUCUCUCUCUGCCACAGAAGUAUUUUAAGUUUUCGGCAUUUUAAUUUCAAUCCAAAUCUACUGAGCAUUUCUUUUGUUUUUCGCUUCUAUCCUUCAGGAAUUUCUGCGAUUUCAUAAAUGAGCUUUUUGAGGCCGUUUAUGUUGUAUUCUACGCUGCGAUGGAUGACGUGCUCGAGUUGGGGUUUUCCAAGAUGGCCUGGAUUUGACGGCUUGCUCAGAUGUCUUGUGGUUUUGAUUUUGUGGUCUAUGUAUUUGGAAAUUCAUUUCAUUCCAUCGUCGUCAAUGUAUCCAACUCUUCGUAUCGGAGAUCGAAUUCUCGUCGAGAAGGUUUCUUAUUACAUCAGAAAUCCUUCUAUAGAUGACAUUAUAACCUUCCGAGACCCGACACAGCAAUCUGGACGCAGAGAAGAGAACCUCGUUGUAAAGAGAGUUGUUGCUAAAGCCGGAGACAUGGUUGAGGUUUGUGAGGGAUGUCUCUAUGUCAAUGGUAUUGCUCAGGAUGAAAGGUUCUUAGCGGAGCGGCCAACAUACACCACAAAGUCAACUCAAGUUCCAAAAGGCCAUGUUUACGUGUUGGGCGACAACCGCAACAACAGCUACGACUCCCAUAUUUGGGGACCUCUUCCCAUCAAGAACAUUAUUGGGAGAUACCUCUGGUCUUGCCACAACCCAACUACCAAAUGACUUCAUUUAACACUAUCAAGUUUGUAAGUUCCACAUCCUCAUAUAACAUUAUUUUAUUUUUCUUUCAUAGAUAUGAUUCUAUGAAUAAAGAAACAAUUUUUUUUAAUUUUUU